UUGGCGGGGGCGCGCCGUGCUGCCCGCGGGGCCCUCUCCGCGGCCGACCCCGCUCGCGGCUGCUGCAGGCGGGCCCGGCGGGCUGGCGGGGCGCGAGCGUGUCUCUGGGUCCCGAGCCGAGCCCCGGGCUUCCGACGGCGGGGUUUGCGGGGACCCGGGCCGCGGGGACUCCCCGAAGCCUCAGGAGGCCUGGCCGGAGGGGAAGGGGCUGGCCCGGCGUUGCCCCGCGCGCCGCACCCCAGCCCUGGGGCCGGGUGGCGGGAGCGCCGCGGCGGCUGCGAGGUGCGGGCCUGGCCCUCGGGGCGACGCGGUUCGCGGCUGGUGCGGAGCUCGGUGCGCGCUGCCGUCAGGCCCCUGCCGGCUGGAGCUGGGCGUUGGGGACGAGCCCCGAGGAUGGUUCCCGAGCACGGCGUGCGGGCUCCGGCCUCGCAGCUGGCGGUGCAGGCGGGAAGGCGCCGCCUCGGAGCCGGUCCCCCAGGAGCCCGGAGCGCAGAGGAGCCCCGCGCGGGCGCUGCAGUGGGUGGGUCCGGGGUUGAGGGCGCUUUCCCGGCGGCUCCUGGUGUUGCGGUUUCCCGCUGACGCUGCUCCGCGCACUCGCCUCCCCGGCGGGGCGCCGCUUCUCCCCGGGCCGCCCUCAGCCCGACGCGCUGCCCUCGCCCUCGGUUCAGGCUCCGCCCGGGUUCUGAGAGCGGCUCCUCCCAGAACCUGCCCCGGGCAGGGCCUUUGGGGCGUCAGACGCUUGAAUCUGGACCUCGCGUGCCCGCCCAUUCUCCUUCGGAAGGAACCAGACCCUCGGGCUCCUCAGGAGCAGGAUUUCACCGCUGCCUCUGCAUGGGGGCGAGGAAAGCCCGAGCCUGCCCUUUUGACUAAGAAAACUCAAAGUAUUCAUACCUUCCAACUGCUUGGGGUGCCUGGCUGGCUGCGUCCGUGGAGCCUGGCACUCUCCCCCUGGGGUCUUGAGUUCAAGCCCUCACGUUGGGCAUAGAGAUUACUUAAAAAGAAUUUAUUUAAAAAGCUACAGUGUCAUCAUACACACGAGUUGGACAGACGCACAGAUGAAAAUGUUCAGGUAGAUAAAUGGGAUGGAAAACACGAUUCAAAGAAAAAUACAUCACUGGGUCAUUACCACCUAGGACAUCACAUUUUGGGGUGAGACAGCCUGUCAGGGAUACGGUAGCCGUCACAGGCCACGAGAUACCUUUCUAGGAAUGCUGUUCACGGGAAAUGCUGGAGGGUCAGAACGGGACCUGCCUUUGGAGCUUUCGUUUUUAAAAAGGAAGGGUUUUUCUCAGUCUCGUGAGCUCUCUCACUAGCAGAGAGUCUGAAGUUUGUCGUGGCUUGACGCUGGGGCUCCGCUGAUUAGCACGGAGAGAAGAAGGGGGUGAACAGUAAUACAGAGACAGAAGAGGGAACUCCACAAAGGAACUAGGGGCUGUGACGCUCCUACAAACACUGGGGGCUGUUGGAUCCCAUGUGAGUUUGUGGUGGGAUUGGGUGCUGUUAGAUGGAGCUAGGGAUCAGGUGUUCACGGUGUACGCAAGAUCUAGGUGUUUAAGGAGUGGGCUCUGGUUCAGGGCCCCAGGGAGGACUGGAGCCUGGUCAGUGAACAGGGCGUGGGGGCGGCGUUUGGUGGGUCAGGGAGGCGUCUCCAGGAAGGGCCCAUUCAGAGCUCCGAAGUGAGGGGCCGGCCCCAUGCACACCUACCCUUGGCCUGUGUCUGGAAUCAACCAAGCGCAGAGGCAGGAAGGACUGGGUAUGUUUGAGGAGCCUAAAGAAAGCUAGAUGGUGGAGGGGAGUGAGGAGGGGGCCCAGUCAGGCAGGUAUAGGGCUCAUAAGUAUGAGGGAAGCCACUGGGGUUUGGGACAGAUAUGUAGGGGCUUUGCCGGCUGCCCUAUGGAGAUGGACCGUGGGAGGAGGGCUGGGGUGCCCCUGGGGAGCCAGCCCCACAUCUGAUCCAUCUCAGACUCCAGGCUCUAGGUGACAGGAGGAUAGCUUCCACGGGGGCACUUGUGGGUCCCACACUCGGAGAGCACAUUGUCUGGUCCAAAUACAGGCAGUGGAGAAGGAGGGAGAAAAUGGAGGGGAAAAAAGUGCCAACAUGGGGACCACACUGUUAUUGGUCCAUGGUUCGUGUCAGACCCCACUGGACACAGGCCUGGAGACCCCAUCCCCUGGGAGAGGGUUAGAGCAAGUGUUGUGUUUGAAAGGGGAACCAGCGAGCAGAGAAAGGGCCAAGUUUAUGGGUGCCCCCAUCUGCCCAUUAGCCUCUCUGCCCUGCAGGGGCCCGCAGCUCUGGUCCUUGCGCACACGCGUGUGAUCUAACCUUCAUGGUCUGGCUUCUCCGGCAGCACAAGGACUGGUGGCGUCCUCUCUCCAGCGCAGACUCCCUGCCCCAGAGCCCAGAGCGCUCGUCACUAGCUCAGGAGGAUCAAGAGCUGUGACUAAAGCAAGAGCUUUCGGAAGAAGUGGGGCGUCUGUACCCUGGCCUUUCUCCUCAGCCCAUCCUGGCUUCUAGUGGCCCUUCCUCUCCCGGGAACAAAGGAAGAUGGAAAAGCCCAGGGGCAAAAAGAAGGCACAGACCCCAAAAGAGAAAGGAGAUUUGCUGAAGGACGCUCCCAAAGAAGAGAAAGCUUCUGGGGAGAAAAGGGUCAACCAGAGGUCGGCGUCGGCCAGGAAGGCCGGCCUGAGCCCUGGGGACGAGGAGCAGGUGUUUGACGCCUUCGAUGCUUCGUUUCAAGACGACUUUGAGGGGGUUCCUGUGUUCGUGCCUUUUCAGAGAAAGCAGCCCUUCAAGUGUGGCGAGUGUGGCCGCGUCUUCAAGCACAAGACAGACCACCUUCGCCACCAGAGGGUUCACACGGGAGAAAAGCCCUUCAGGUGUGAGGCGUGUGCGAAGACGUUCCGGCACAGCUCCGACGUCCCCAAGCACCAGAGAAUCCACACCGGAGAAAAGCCCUUUAAGUGCAGCGAGUGUGGGAAGGCCUUCAACUGCGGCUCCAACCUCCUAAAACAUCAGAAGACGCACACCGGAGAGAAGCCGUACGAGUGCGAGGAAUGUGGGAAAACCUUUGCCUACAGCUCAUGUCUCAUUCGCCAUCGGAAGCGUCACCCCCGGAAGAAGCACUGAGCGAGGGGAGCUGCGCCGUGUGGGUGCCGACGGAGCCGCCCCUCCUGCAGCGCCUGCGCGAGGCUCCGGGAGCUCAGCACGCCCGUGCCUGGGCGUCCCCGUCGCCGUCUGGAAAAUCAAGCCAGUGGGAGAAGCAGGUGCUGGAGUGCGCUGAAGACCUGGACAACGUGCGAGCGGCUUGUGGCCCCAGAGACGCCGGGGACACGGGCAGCUGUCUGGGACUCUGGAGACGGCUGCUCGCGAGUGGCCCAGCACCUUCCACGGCGGCCUCUGCCCAUGGCGUCCGCUGUGGCUUCAGCCCUCUCAGCUCCCUUGAAGACUUGACUCUGCAGAUCCCCGACCUGCCGGGUCAUCCCUGUGCCGCCUGGCGGGAGAGCGGUGGCCCUGAGCUGGAGCUGUGCUCUGCGGUCGCGCCCCCAGCGCCGCACCAGACGCCGGCCGGCCCCACUCAGCCGGCCGUGGGGACAGCGGUCCGUGCUCCGGCUUCCCUCCUCGGGCUGCAGCAGCCCCACCCCCACCCGGCCCCUUGUGCGUCCCCCUGGCCCAGGUGAGCGGCCUCACUCACCCAGGUGGGUCCCUCAGGACCUGUGCCGCCACCAUGGGAGAUUCCUGCCCCGGACACGUGGUAGACGUCCCGAGGAUGUGCGGGCAGCUUCAAGCCGGCCCCAUCUGCCACGGGGCUCUUCAGUUGUGAGGCCGGGCACCCUGCCCCCCGGAGGGAAGCUCUCCAGAAGCCGCAGUGUUACGACGCCGGAGCUGGCACCCCGCCCGGCCCCAGCGCAGCCCUCCCAGCUGACUCCGCUCGCCCCAGGCCUGGCAGGGGAUCCAGGGGACACACCGUGUAUGGUCCUUGAUGGGCAAGAUAGCCGCAGAGGACGUCACGGGGACAUUUAGCAAACGUCGUGUGCAGACUGUCCACUGGGGGGCAGAGCUGCAUCAGUUUCCCGGGGCCUGCUUGGAUUGCCGCUGUCCUGCCUGUCCUUGUUGGGAAGGACUAAGGUUUCCCAGGGGUAUGCGGUCAUGAUGUCUGCGAUUUACUCUCAGACAUUCAGCGGAGAAUACAGGACCUGUGUUCACUCGGAGCGCGACGAGGCAGAUGGCGCGCGUUGGUCGUCCCCGCACCUGGAGCAGGUCGGCAGAUGUCUUCUGUGAAGGGGCUGACAGGAUGGGAGCCCGGACACGGAAUGACAGGCGGAGAUGGUGGCAGCAGGCUCCCUGCUCUGGGCCCUGCAGGGUGGGCGUCCCAGCGGCACAGUCGGCGGCUGGCCCGGCCUCUCCAUCAGCAGCCAGGUAAUUCGUGUCCCUUUCUGGCCGUGAGAGCAGAUCACCCUGGUCAGGAAGCUCCUGAUGCGUAAGAGUGACCCGUCCAGCCGGACAGGCCAGGCCUGAGCCCCAGGAGGCGAGCCCUGUGAAGGCAGCGAACACCCCGAGGGCCCUUCACUGGUUCCCCAGCCUCUACGAAGGCCACAAAAUUCACACCCGUGGCCCCACUGCACCCAGGAGGGCAAUGCGGACACCACCCGCCUUCUAGGGAAGCGCUGCAGGCAGAAACCCCACAGGCAACGUCAAGAACUUCCCCAGCAUCCUGGGACUGUCCCAGAGAAAUGCCUUUUCCAAAUGGAAAACCUUCAGGGCACCCCCGGCUGAGCGCGGUUCUCAAAGCCGGAUGCCCGGGAGCACUUAGGGCCGCGCCCACAGAGCACCUCAGUGCCUGGCCCAGCGUGGAGGGCGCGGGACAGACACCAGGCAGGGGGCCAUCCCUGCGGAUGACCCAGGGAGGUGACGUGGAUCAUCCUUCAUGCUGGCGACCUGUGAGCCGGGCAGGCAUGUCCCUGCGGGGCCCCUGCCAGGCCCGACCUGAGGGAAGGCGGCCGCCAGCGCUGUGGCAGAGUGGGCACUAAGGGCCACGCAGCCGGGGGGGCUUUGCUUCCUCCUCCCCCUGCCAACUGGGGGGUUGUCCUGUGACCGGGCCCACUGCGGUCCUGAGGAGGCUGUAGGCACCAGGAUGCUUCCUGGCCUUGAUUUGCAGCGGCCUCUGUGUCCAUCCCCAGUCUGGACACCAGCUGUGCUCAUCCUUUCCCCUGCAAGUGAGCGAGGCCCCAAGACACACCGCAGACAACGCAGGUCCCGACACAGCCCGGAGACCUCAGCUUCGGGGAGCUGACCCCGGGCUCCCGAGUCCUGGUGCUCGCAGCAGAAGCCUGUGGCACAGAGGACACUUGGACAUUUGCUCUGGAGCAGGACCGGCGAGGGCAGGGUUCUCAGCCACGACGGAGGCAUAAAAGGGGUGUCCCCAAGGCCCAGGGAAGCAGUGUUGGACCAGAAAGGGAAUGGGCUGAAGAGCAGUUCAGGCUGGGACCAGCCACGUAGAUGAGGGGCAGACUCCGGUCUGGCGCCCAAGGACACAGCUCUGCUCUGGGUGGGGCCCGUGCCUCCUGGGACCUCUGUGCACUGGGCAUAGAAUUGGUGGUCUCCUGGUGUCCCAAACUCCAGCUGCCUGUUCCACAAACCACAGGGUCCUCCCCGUGACCAGAGUCCUGCCAGGACCCAGACAGGGCCAGGGGGCCCUGGGGACACUGCUGCUGGGCUUGCCUGCCGUCUCCAUAGGUGUGGGCUUCCCAGGCCUGCAGACUGAGCCCCCCCCCCCCGCCGUGCCUCCUGCCUGGUGCCCACGUGGAUGCCAGCACCAAGAUCCGCACGAGCUCCAUGUCACACUAUGUGGGCCCCGAGUCCCUGCAGCCACCCUGUGGCCGUCUGGUUUUAACACAUGCGUGUGUCCUGGUGAGCUCGGGCAGCAUCCUGGGAUCGUCUUCAUGCGCGUCCACUGGGCUCUCGGCGUGCAGCUGCUGGUCCCACACGGGAGAAAAUGGGACUUUCCCAACAGUGACCUCUGAUGGACUUCGACUCUGUAAUCCCUUCACUUCCUUCAGUCCCCAGAGCGUGAUCACGUGUGCAUCUGGGGACACGUUCCAUUUCCGUUUAUCCGAGUUCUGGUUUACGCUCCAUGGAGCGCUGCCUCCAUCCCGACCGGCAUUGCACUGGUUCUGGUACCUUCCAGCCACCCUUCUCCCCAGCACACGUCCUGUCCUGCUGCUUGUGGAUAAUCUGUUCCCCCUGUAAUAAACUCUGUUCUGACCCGUU